AUGGAGGAGGAUCGUCUCUGGAAGUUUAGCAAGCCUGAAUGGCUCAACAGCGCCUGGGUGCGCAAUGGUGGUGUCUACAGCGCUGGCGCUCUGUUCUCCCUUGCCUUUUACGUCCUCCUCGACGCGGCUGUAUGGUCAAAAUCCGCCAACAAUGGCUCCGACGUGCACGUUACUUUUGUGGACUGGCUGCCGCUCAUCUUUUCGUCGCUGGGCAUGCUCAUCAUCAACUCGGUGGAAAAGGCGCGGCUGCAGUCGGACUCGUUUAGCUACUCGGGCUCGGGCGUUGCAUGGAAGGCGCGCGUCGUGCUCUUUUUAGGAUUCGCCGCCCUUGCCGGCGGCAUGGCUGGCGGCGUCACCGUCUUUGUCCUCAAGUUUAUCGUUCCGGGAGUCGGCUGGCCCUCGCUCGGCAUGGGUGUCGAGAAUGUCGUCGCCAACGGUCUUGUCGGACUUAGCUCUGUUGUGCUCUGGCUCUCUCAGAAUAUGGAAGACGAGUACAGUUAUAAUCUGUCUCUGUAA